GGCUGCAACUCCGUGAUUCCAAUUCGCGGGUCUUUGUCCAGGUUUUCCUUCUUUCUUCUUUUGUUCUUCUUCCCUCUAUUUAUAGGCCGAGAACGCCAGAACCAAUCCACGCUGCGAUCGCAACCUCAGUUUUCCUUGGGUAUCUCUGUGCUCCAUUUUCCACGAUCCAGCGUCAAAUUUGAGUAUGGGUAACUUCAACAACACUGUUGAAGAAAGCACUGAUCCAGGUGCUGUGUUGCGCAAUGGAAGGGAAAUCCUUUUGCAGGGUUUUAACUGGGAGUCUCACAAAUAUGACUGGUGGAGAAACUUAGAAAAGAAAGUUCCUGACAUCGCAAAAUCUGGGUUUACAUCUGUAUGGUUGCCACCAGCAAGUAACUCUUUUUCACCAGAAGGGUACCUUCCCCAAAACCUUUAUUUACUCAAUUCUUCAUAUGGCUCUGAGCAGCUGUUGAAAGUUUUACUCCAAAAACUCAAGCAGUACAAAGUUAGAGCGAUGGCUGACAUAGUAAUCAAUCAUCGUAUUGGGACUACUCAAGGUCAUGGGGGAAUGUAUAACCGUUAUGAUGGAAUUCCACUAGCAUGGGAUGAGCGUGCUGUCACAUCUUGUACUGGUGGAUUGGGUAAUAGAAGCACUGGAGACAACUUCCAUGGGGUUCCAAAUAUUGAUCACAGCCAACAUUUUGUUCGGAAGGAUAUCAUAGGAUGGCUGCAUUGGCUACGCAGUGUUGGCUUUCGAGAUUUUCGCUUUGAUUUUGCAAGGGGUUACUCAGCAAAAUAUGUCAAAGAAUACAUUGAAGGAGCAAAGCCUAUUUUUUCUGUUGGGGAGUAUUGGGAUUCUUGCAACUACAAUGGAUAUGGAUUAGACUACAACCAAGAUAGCCAUCGACAAAGGAUCAUUAAUUGGAUUGAUGCCACUGGACAGCUUUCAACUGCAUUUGACUUCACAACAAAGGGGAUUCUUCAGGAAGCUGUGAAGGGGCAGUUUUGGCGCCUGCGUGACCCUCAAGGGAAGCCACCUGGUGUAAUGGGGUGGUGGCCCUCAAGGGCUGUCACAUUUAUCGAUAACCAUGAUACAGGCUCAACUCAGGCUCAUUGGCCUUUCCCCUCAAAUCAUAUUAUGGAGGGUUACGCAUACAUACUCACACAUCCAGGAAUACCCACUGUUUUUUAUGAUCACUUUUAUGAUUGGGGUAAUUCCAUCCACGAACAAAUUGUCAAAUUGAUGGAUGUUCGAAGGAGUCAAGAUAUUCACAGCCGGUCAUCUGUCAGAAUACUGGAGGCCCAGAACAACCUCUAUUCUGCAAUUAUUGGAGAAAAAGUAUGCAUGAAGAUUGGGGAUGGCUCAUGGUGCCCAACUGGGAGAGAAUGGACCCUAGCAACCUGCGGACAAAGAUAUGCAGUAUGGCAAAAGCAAUGAUUCUUGUAGACCUCCUUUCUAUUCAUUUUUACUCCCCUUUUACCGGGGAAUGGGUGCACAACCACUGGCAUGAUGGCUAGUAUUUAUAUCGCAUAAAUAAAGCAUCCCGUCUCCAAAUUUGCAUUGGAAACCAUUGGUGAUGCUUUGUAUGUCUUGAGAUUAACUGCAUUUACUAUCAAUAAUAUUAAUAGAUAGCGUCUUUGGUCUAA